ACAGGGAAACAGGUACAAUAAUCCUAAUGUCAAUUCACACACAUUGUAAACAGUUUGUUAAAUAGAAUGAGCAUUGGAAAUAUUAUUUCUACGCCAAUGCUUAUAUUUAUUUUAGCUUAAUUCUCAGCCUCUAAUGUGUUUGGUAAUGCCAUUUGUAUUUCGACAGAACAAAAAAUACAGUAGUGCUAGCCUCAGAGUGAAGCCAUUAACCGCAUUUUCCUUCCUACCAUGCAGUGAAUUUGUACUAGAUUGGACACAUGUAACUGGGUGGAUUCAAAUUGUUAAAGAUGGCACUAAAUCUGGAAAGUUUGUUCAUAGGCUGGAGUAACCGCAGCCACGGCUGAUCCAUUUCGUCUACAAUGAUAUUGAGAACAGUGCCAGCCACUUCUGCCUGGCUAUUACAGGUGCUCUUUUUUACAGUACACAUCAUUAAAGUUAGUUCAGGCAACCAAUGCCCAGUCGAAUGUUCCUGCCUGGGUAAUGCGGUCAUUUGUAAGGAUUUGCAGCUUGUGGGAGCCCCAAAUGACCUACCGCCAUGGACUGAAAAUCUAAUACUAAAAGGAAAUAAUUUUUCAAACCUUGAGUUCAACGUUUUGCUCAAUCUACCUAAACUUCAAGAGCUGGACGUCAACUCUAAUGUUUUAGUUGAUAAUUUUACACUUACUUUAUCGAAUGAAACGCAACUCAAGUGGCUUAAGCUCAAUAAAAAUCGACUUACACGCAUACCGGCAUUAAAACUUCUACAUCUAACGCAUCUUUCACUGUCGCAUAAUAAGAUUGAUGUAAUUAACCAAGUAUCUUAUCCAGAGCUUCAAUACUUAGAUCUAAGCAAUAACAAAAUAUAUAAAAUUCAAAAGAGCACUUUUUUUACAUCCCAAUUAAGAAGUUUAAAUCUCAACUCUAAUCAACUUAAAAAUAUAGAAAACGACAGCUUCAAGUACUUGAGCUCUUUGCAAGAAUUACGAUUGAAUAAGAAUCACUUACUUGACUUGAAAGAUUAUCUUCGAAAGCUUGACAAGCUACGUAUACUGGAAGUAAACCGGAAUCAGCUUCGAGAGGUAGAAGCAUUAACUUUCAAAGAGAUGAGAAGCCUCGAAAAAUUACAUCUCAAGAGAAAUAAGAUAGACUCACUCAAUGAUGGUGCUUUUUGGCAACUUAAUAGCCUAAUUGAGCUUCAACUUGACUAUAACGCUUUAAAUGUUGUGUCCAAGGGAGCUCUGUUUGGACUUGAUCAUCUACUUAUUUUUACUUUAUCACAUAACAAGAUAAGCUCUAUCGAGCCACAGUCUUGGGAAAUGUGCAAAGAGAUUAAAGAACUGGAUUUAUCUUACAAUGAACUCAACCGCAUUGAACGAUUAUCUUUUGCCGCCUUAAGAAAGUUAAGAAAGUUACAGUUGGAUCAUAACUCUGUGUUAUAUAUAGCUGAAGGGGCUUUUAAAGAUCUCAUAAGCCUAAAAGUACUGGAGUUGAACUCAAACAAAAUAUCGUACAUUGUUGAGGACGCCAUUGGAAUUUUCGUUCCAUUAAAUCAGCUACAAAAAUUAGGAAUAGCUUACAACCAAAUCAAAUCAAUUCAUAAAAAUGCAUUUAGUGGAUUGACGCAAAUUACUGAACUUGACUUAACUGGAAACAAUAUAACAAGCAUCCAAGAAAAUGCGUUUAGCACGAUGACGUCAACACUUACAUCUUUAAAAAUAAAUACUAGUACUUUAUUCUGCGAUUGUGGACACCAGUGGCUCAGUGUAUGGUUACACUCUAAGCGGUACAGCGACACCAAUAUUCAGUGCGGUUACCCUCACUGGUUACAGGAGAAGUCAUUAACUCAGCUGCAUCAUGCAAAUUUUACAUGUGAUGGGUUUCCUAAGCCACGAAUUGUUGAAGAACCCCAUGGUCAAAUGAGCAUCAAAGGUGAUAAUGUAACGUUGAAAUGCGGAGCAACAAGUACUGCAAACACGUCAUUGAACUUCACUUGGAAGCGAGACAAUGUUGAAUUAAACAAUGAUUCACUAAAAAUGGACUACGUACUGACCUCGUCUAAUGGAUUAACUGUGGCUUCUUCCGUUCUCCAUCUAAUUAACAUUACUAAUAUCCAAGCUGGACGUUAUCAAUGUAUGGUUUCCAAUAACUAUGGAACUUCUUACUCAUCCAAGGCUAAGAUUAACGUACUAGUGUAUCCCUCUUUUUUGAAGAAGCCAGAAGAUAUACGUGUAACGGCUGGCAGUACGGCUAGGCUUGAGUGUUCAGCAACAGGGUCGCCCACACCUCAAAUUGCAUGGCAAAAGGAUGGUGGUAAUGAUUUUCCAGCUGCACGUGAGCGCCGCAUGCAUAAAAUGCCUACAGAUGACGUUCUUUUUAUCGUUAAUACCAAGCCUUCUGACAGCGGAGUUUAUUCUUGUACAGCACAAAAUCUGGCUGGUAUAAUUUCUAUUAAUGCCUCUCUCACUAUACUUGAUCCACCGUCUUUUAUUGAACCGAUGGUUAACAAAGAAGCAGUAGUUGGUGCUUCUGCAGUACUUCAGUGUAUGGCCAGCGGAUCACCGAAGCCCCAGCUGUUUUGGCAAAAAAAUGGUAGUCCGCUUCAAACAACCGAACGCCACUUCUUAACUGCAGAAAACCAGCUUCUUAUAAUUGUUGGCGUUGUACCGACCGAUGCUGGCAAUUAUGAAUGUGAAAUAAGUAAUUCAUUAGGAAGUGUCAAAGGUAUCUCACGUCUGUGUAUUAAAGAUAAGCCAAUACUCAGUGAACGUGACAUCGUGGGAUUAAUCAUUAUCACAGUAGUUUGCUGCGCCGUAGGAACGUCAAUAGUUUGGGUAGUGGUUAUAUAUCAGACACGAAAAAGACUUAACGUCGCUCAAAUAUCUGGUCAACCAACACCAGCACUAGUAGCUAGCCUAGAGCAACAGGUUGAAACGCAUCUUUACUUUGAUACGAGCUCUCAACACAGCAAAGACAGUGGCACUGGUGUGAGUACAAAUCCAAACAACAAGCAGCUUCAGUUUUGUUCACCGGGAAAAACAGUGUCGGAUGUUGUUAGUCAUGAAGAAGAAUCAGAAAACUAUGAAGGAGUUGGGCAUUUACUGUGCUACACAAACCAUGAACGACAUUAUAUUUCUUACAAAUAUAAAGAAGUCAAAUCGUUAGGUCUAGAAAAAACAUUAGAGGAAAAUAGAGCUGUGUCACUACUAACAAAAAAAUAAACAAACUAAGAAAAUUUGAUCAUUGUGGAGCUUCUUUAUUUUUUCAUGUAACAGAACAGUAGAAAUUAGAAAAAUAGAAUGAAUAAUUCACAAUCAAAAACUAUUUAUUUGUCAUAUAUUUUUAUAAGAUUAAAAAAAUGUGCAAAUUAAAAAAAAAGAAAUAUGUGUAAACAACUACACGAUAACAGCUGAGACAAUGUCAUUUUAAGUAAUGAAAAAAUUGUAAUCUACAUCACAGUGUAAAAAA